GUCCGCUCCCGUGAGAAGAAUUGAUAAUACGUAGGCUCACACCAAGUACGAGCUUCCUGUACUUACAGUGUACACCGUCCUGUCUGCUUCGUCUCACUCUUUCUACUCUGUUGACUGAAAUCGAGCUCUCGAAAAAGCACAAAUGUCUUCGGUGACGUUCCCGCACUUAGGCGACGACAUCGCUUCGUCUUCGAGCUCACUGCACGACCCUAUGCAUGCGCCCUUCUAUGCACCCCCUGCGUUUGAUAUGUCGAGUUCCUUUCAAAUGAACCCUCUUUCUGCACACCCGCCUCGUACCCCACGCCAGAGCACUGCUGCUCAGUCACACUUUAGGAACAUGAGCAUGAGUAUCAGCGUGUACGAUGAGAAGGGAGAAGAACAAGAGGACGGAGAGACGGUCAAAGGUGAGAAGGCGGAGGUGGAUGAAGACGAUGUCGUAGAGCUAGAUGAGGAAGAUGUACGUGUAAAAGCGGCCGAAAAGUUAGUCGGAGCACAUGAAGUGUGGCGAGAUCUGUUUGUUACAAGUAAUGGACGGGACAAAGCAUUUAAAUUAAUGCAAUACUCGAUACGUGUGUAUCUGCUCUUUCACAGCAAGAUUUUAUUUCGUCGCGGAAAGUCGGCUUGGCAGCAAGCAAUUGUGCAAAGGCUUUUGGCUGCAAAAAACGGGUUCUCUUUUACCAGGAAAAUGCUCAUCAUGUUUGACUGGCUGAACCCCCUGAGUCAGGUAUUGGCCCAACAAUCUGUGCCAUUCUCGUCUUCCGGUUCUUCCCUUUUCCCCCACAGUCUUACAACUGCCCCCGCGUCAUCCUCCAAAUCCCCCCAAUUAUUUGCCGGUCCCUUCCUUUCGCAUCCGGUCCUCCGAGCUCUAUUAUCGGCUCCACCACCCGUUCUCCUCGAGCUUGUAAAUGGCCUAUCGGAUGAUAUAUAUACGCUUUCCCGACUUGGUCUAAUUGGCCCUAAGGUGGGAGAACGCGCGGCUAGGUUUGCUGACUGGUGUUUGCUCUUUGGUACACUGGUCGGUCUAGUCGAAAAUGGAGUUGAAAUGGGAGUCAUCGAGGGACUUCAACGAGAAGUCGAAUCAAGGGCAUACAAAGAGUCACUCUCAGGGGCUACUUCUAAGUCACAACCAAAAACGUCAAAAAUUGACGAACGUGAUCUAGCACGCCUGCAAAAGAAGAACUACUGGCUCCAGGCCUCAAGGGCAAAACUUGUCAUGGACCUUAUUUUCGUCUCAUAUGAUAUCCUCAGGAUAAAAAGAUGGAAAGACACCAUCCAGUCCUUCGCUGGCCUUACGGCAGCGGUCCUCAGCUCCGCAAAGUUGUACGACAAGGCCAGAACUACACUUGUCAACAAGGCCCUGACGAGUUAAACGUUAUGGCACUGGCUAUCCGUGACUUGAAGGAGGAAGAAGUGAUCGAAGCAUGUUAAUCCCCGCUUCUUGCCGUUGACAUGCUUCCGCCAUCAACAGCCUUCUACACUUCCUCCUAUUAUUGCUUUAAUUGUGUUCUUAUGCAUCUUUUUUUUUCCUAUUACCCAUCACCUCGCAUCGCAUACUCAUUUUUUCGUUGUUAUUUAAUACCCUCUGCUAAUCAUGCUGCUUGAUUUCGCCUUUGUCAUGUAUUUAUUUAUUGUAGAUGGACUGAU